AUGAUUCCCCGGAAAACUCCGAUACGGCUAAGAAGACUACGAUCCAUCUUUCUCGCCCCAUUUCCCUUUGAAGGAGGUGCCUAUGCCUUCCUUUGUGACAAUCAGUUUCUUUCUUACGAUAAGAAGUCAAGUUCAGUUGCCCAUCCCUCUUCAAGGUCUGUUGGGAAAUGCUAUUCCCUUAGGUCGGGUCAGGGAAUGGGUAUAGGAUUCAUUCUACGUGCAACUGAAGACGCGAGAAGCACAGUUGAGGCACCUUCGUCAAAAUUCAAUGGCCUCGGUCCGAAGAUGGCAAAGGAGUCGUUCUUACCAGUCUGGCCAGUCCUCUCUCUUGGGAAUUACCCAGUUCUCGUGAACAAGCCAGCAACAGCAAAGAAAGAGCAAGCGGGUACGAGUCCUCGGAAGGGUUUUCGAUCGGGAAUUCUCAAUAGAAAUAUGCGGGAGCUCGGAUUGGGAAAGGAAGUUCCAGUCCGACGAGCAGACAAGCCAGGAAAGAGAAAAAGGGCAAGGGGAUUAGACAGGGGUGAGAACUGGAUGAAGCCGGAUUCUUCUCGUUCGGGAUACCUGGCGCUAUGUAAUAGCCCUCGGCCUAAGGACAUUUCUCAACGGUGA